AUGACACCAUUCAAGUGUGAUGAUAGUUGUAGUCCAAUGAUUUCAUCCACUUUAAAGUCCAUAGUAAUAUUAGAGAAAUUCCACAAACAACGACAACAACAACAAGUAUCCACACAAGAAACUUGUUCUCAUCACAGACGACAACAUGCUUGUGCUACUACGUUUAAUCAUUCUCGAGUGAUUUUUUCCAUUCGUUCCAUUAUUUCCAUGUUCAUUGUUGUAUCCAUCUUGUUACUCAUUCUGUUCACACACACGCUUCAUGCCUUUCCACUACUACUGCUGUAUCCUGAACAACAACUUUCCUCCACACACCAUCAACAAUCUCUUCCCAAAAGAACAACAUUUACUUCUCUCGAUGCAUCAUCAUCGUCUUCUUCAUUAAUGGUCGACGCUUCAAUUCCAGCACAAUACAAAAUUUUUACAGUCGCUGGUUCCUUUUAUUUAGAUUCCAUACAUGAUGAAUAUGCAUUGAGUGAGUAUGCUCCACUUGGAGAGUCUCAAGCAGUGGUCGUGAAUUCAUGGACGAAUGAAAUUUUCAUUUCAGAUUCAAAAAAGCAUGUGAUUCGAGUGAUUGAUGCAAAAAAUUCAACUUUGAGAGUGUAUUGUGGAACUGGAGCGGCAGGAUUUAAUGGAGAAGGAUUGGAUGCGUUGGAGACUCAAUUGAAUGGACCUACUGGGCUGUAUUUGGCUCAGAAUGGAGAUCUUUAUGUGGCUGAUACCCUGAAUGGAAUGGUGAGAAAAAUAUCUGCAUCCACUCGAAAGGUCACAACGAUCAUUUCGAACCAAGAGUUAACAAGUCCAGUUGGAGUUUUUGUUACAGAAAACAAUGGAGAUGUGUAUGUCACAGAUUCAGUGAAAGGUUUAGUGAAACAUUACAAUGCCACGACAGGUAAAGUGUCAUUGGUUGCAGGUGGUGGAAAUGCAGAUCGAGACUAUGUGCUAGCAACGACCACUAAAUUGACCAUGCCCACGGCCAUUUAUGUCACUCAUCAAGGUACCAUUUACAUUUCAGUUAUUGACACGGAGCACAGUCGAAUUCGAAAAAUUGAAGGACCUGUUAUUGGACAACAACAAAUCAUAACCAUUGCAGGACAAGCAAGCAGGGGAGUUUUUCAAGAAAGAACUCAUGCUCUAUUGAAUUCAUUUUCAGCCAUCAAAGGUCUCUAUGUCAAACCUAAUGGUGAUAUACUCGUAGCAGAUGCUGGUCAACAUGCGGUUCGAGUCAUUCCUCCAGAUUUUGUUUUUUGUUACACGUUGGCAGGAGAUGGUCGUGCAUUGAAUCAAGGUGAAUAUAUUUCUCCAAAAAUGGCAUCCAUUCUUCAACCUUCCUUUAUCUAUAUGAAUUCUAAACGAGAUGUUUUUAUAAGUGGAAAGGAUCAAGUGAAAAUGAUUUCUAAUGAAACUGGUCUUAUUCGAACACUUGUUGGAAAAUUUAAUGCCAAUACCAAAUUUGGAGAUGGCUUAAAAGCAACAAGUAAUGGAGUACACAUUUAUCCAGUUCAUGCGGUUGUGUCAGAGAGUGGAGAAUUGUUUUUGACUGAUGGUAAUGGUCAUCAUGCCAUUCGAAAAGUUUCUAAAAAUGGAAUUAUUACAACAGUGGCAGGAAUCAUGAAGCAAACAGGUUUUAAUGGAGACAAUUUGAGAGGAGAUGAAACCUUACUAUCCUUUCCAACCUGUUUAUUCAUGUACAAGAAUGGAGAAUUAUUAAUUUCUGAUUAUGUCAAUCAACGACUUCGAGUGUUCCAAACGAAUGGAAAUGUCACGACCAUUCUCACUAACGUUAAAGUAGAAGCAAUCUUUGCAUUGGGUGAAAAUUCUACAGAUGUGAAUGGUGCAAUUUACUAUGCCACAAUCAAAGACAUUUUCAAAUAUGAAGUUUCAACAAAAACCUCAAAACUUUUAUAUACCUUUCAAGGACCACCAGUUUCAUCCUCUGGAAUGAUUCAUGUCAUAAAUGACACGAUGGAUGGACCAAUUUUAUAUUUUGCAGAAUUGGAGGCAAAAUCCAUUGUUAAACUCUACGAAAGAAAUCUAUCAUUGAGUUCAGUAUAUAAUGUAACGAAUGAAGUUCUACGUCUGAAACAUGUUCACAUUUCGAAUGAAUCUUUGUAUUUCGUUGAGGGAGAUUCCAUGAUUAAGGCAUUGUCUUUGAAAGAUAACAGUGUUCGAUUAAUUGCUGGAAUUCCUCCAAAUGGUGAUUUUGAAUUUACGGGCUAUGAAGGUGAAGGAUUCAAGGCCAAUGAAACCAUGAUUAAAAAACCAUCGUCACUGUUCAUGACUUCUCAGGGUGAACUCGUUUUCACAGAAGAAUUUGAGCGAGUUCGAAAAAUUUCACACGAUGGAACCCUUUUAACAUUGACAGGAAGAAAUAAUUUUUCUCCCAUUUCAAAAGCUCUCUCCACUUCCGUUCAAUAUGCCAAUUCCGUGUCCUAUCUCUCUCUUUCAAAAGAGUUAAUCAUUCAAACAGGUGACGAUCAAGGUGGAAAAUAUUUAACGUCACUCGUCAAUCAGGAGAGUAACACUCUGACACACUUGUCCGGUUUUCGUUCAGUUCCUUUAUUUGCACAACCCAUUGAUUAUCAUGGACCUCUCAAGUAUGCUUUCAUGAGUAAUACUCAAUCCUGUCAAAUGCCAAACGGAGAUAUCAUUACGGUUGCCAGGGACGAACAUGUGGUUUACAAAUAUAGUAGAACGACUGGAAAUGUUUCAGUGAUUGCAGGAUCGAUAAGAAUGGGAGGAGUACCUCAAGAUGGACCUGCAUUGCAAACUCUGUUUCAACAACCAAAAAAUCCGAUUUGUCUUGAAAAUGGUGAUUUAAUUUUUUUGACAGGUAGAAAUCAGGGAAAAAUUGUACAACUGGAAAUGACAACUGGCAGAAUUGUGUCAUUACAUAAUGCGACUGGAUCGCUUCAAGCGGUUGCUGUUUCACCACUCGACUCGAAUUUGAUAUACUUUGUCGAAUUUGCCAUGUUUAGUCUCGUCAAGAUGAAAAAUUUGACAAGUGGCACUAUUUCAGUCGUCGCAGGAAAUGGAAUUGAUGGAUAUUUAGGAGAGGAUGUUCCAGCAUUAGAUGCCAGUUUAAGACUUCCCACCAGUCUAUUAUUCUUGAAAAAUGGAGAUUUACUCAUUGCAGAUGAUGGCAAUGGAUUGAUUCGAAAAGUAUCACAUCGCACGCAACGCAUUCAUACCAUUGCAGGAACCACCCCCAGUGCUGAAUUAUGUAAUUACAAUGGAAAUGGUCGACUCUCGACUCGGACUUGCCUUCAAACCGUUGCUUCCUUGUCAUUGGGCAAUCGAGGUGAAAUUUAUUUUGCAGAUCGAACGGCUGGUUUGGUUCGAAAAUUAGUUCCGUAUUGCAAUUUGGAAGAAAAUGGAAGUGGGAAUCGAACCUUGGACUCGAGCAUGUUUUUGGAGUGUUUGUGUCCGAAUGGAUAUUUUGGUUCCAGCUGUGAAUUAACUUCGUGUUUUGGAGUCGAGUCAUGGAAUACUUCGAAAGCAUGUUCUGGCAAUGGAAAGUGUCAACAAUUCAAUCAAUGCAGUUGUCGAGAAGGAUUUUCUGGUGAAAAAUGUGAAACUAUAGUGAAACGAGAGUCGAGUCUGUUGCCAACCAAUUCUGAAACUGCUCUCAUUGUUGGUGUCGUGGUAGGAGUCGUUGGUGGUUGCCUGAUCUUGUCAAGUCUUGUGGUAUUGAUUCUUAUUUUGGGAUUACUCUUUGUCAAGCGAAGAAACAAGAGGAACAAACCCACCGAGCAAAGCAAACAAAUUCCUAUUGAGAUGAAUCUCACCUCUGAAAAUACCAAUUCCUUUAUUUCUGAUUUUCCUUCCGAUGCCAGUGUGAAUUUCACACCCUUAAUGAUGGGAGGUUUGACAAGUGGCACUUUAUCGGCAGAGUCUCGUGGUCAACAACACAUCGAUCCCUUCUCACGUUAUCAACAAAUAGUUAAAAUUGGACAAGGAGCAUUUGGUUCUGUAUUUAAAGCCGUCGAUACCAAAUGUAAUGGAAAAAUCAAAGCUGUCAAAGUCAUGAAAUUUUCCUCAUUGACUGAACUCAAUUCCAUCAUGAAAGAAGGAAUGCAAUUGAUGAAUAUUCGACAUGAAAAUAUUUUGAAAGUGAAUGAUCUCUUCCUUUCCAAAGAUCAAUUGGUAUGCAUGGAUAUGGAUUUUUACGAGAAUGGAGAUUUGAACAAGUUUACCACUACGGCACCUGGUCACGCUCGUGAAUGCUCUGAAAAAAUUGUACGACAAGUCAUUUUCCAAAUUUGUAAUGCCUUGUCGUAUGUGCAUGGAACGUUGAAUAUUAUUCAUAGAGAUAUCAAACCAUCGAAUAUUUUUAUUCAGAGUUAUGAUGAAAAGAAGCAACGUAUUAAGGUCGUGCUGGCUGAUUUUGGUUUAGCGAAAGGAAAUCAAAAUGCAUCGAUUUCUGAACUUCAAUCGUAUGCUGGAACUCCACUUUACAUGUCUCCUGAAAUUGGUUUAGGUUCAAAAUAUUAUGCCAAUACGGAUGUGUAUUCAUUGGGAGUGACCAUUUAUCAAAUGAUCACAAAAGAUGUAUCCACUUCUAUUAGUCAUUUGAUGCUUACGAAGGAUCAAGAAGAAAUUCGGAAAAUGUUGAAAGCCAAAAUGAUGAUGGAAAAUGAAAAUCAAACAUAUUCUGAAGAAUUAGUGGAUAUUGUAUUGAGAAUGUUGGAGAAGGACUCUUUAAUGAGGCCUAAUGCCCAAGACAUUCUAUCGCUUCCUUAUUUCCAAAGACGUUAA